UCAGUCUUUGUGGUUUCCGGGAGACAGAAAACACGUUGCACACACGUGGACGUGUGAGAUCAACGUGUUUGUGAAACUCUAAAACAUAAUUUUAAAGGAUUAAAAUAUCUAACAGAUCAUCAGGGCAUUAUUAAUGUAUUACACAGAGAGUGACAGAAAUAAUCACAGAGACUGAAAGUGACCGACAGAGUGGAAACAUGAAGAAGAAACAGAUCGUAAAGAGUACUGACAGCAGAAAUGAUGGACAGGCUGGAGAUUAUACGAUUGGUCAGGUGUCCGGCAGUCUGUUUCCAGAUAAACACAAAUCUGGUGCUUUAUCGUCUUUAUUCUCCACAUCAUCAUCAGCGAAUACUUUAGUCUUCGUCCCUGCACCGAAAGCGGACGCUAAAGUCCCGCCAGCAACCACAGAUUCCCCUCACGUGAAAAAUAAUGAUAAGAUUCAAAAACAGAAGACGAUUCCAAAAACAUUGUCAGCAGCAGAGAAGAAGCUACAGGACAGAGAAAGUGCUUUACAGAACGCAGAUGAUGAUGGACAGAAUAGCACAAAGAAAGUCAAACGCAAACAUCCUGAUGUUGAUGAUGCAACAGUGGAACAAGAGCGACCCGUCAAACACAAGAAGAACAUGGCAGAGGAGAGAAUAAAGAUGAAAAGAACCGUGUUUGUGGGAAAUCUUCCGCCAAGCUGCACAAAGAAGAUUCUUUUUUCCCUGUUCAAGCAGGCGGGAACAGUUGAAUCCGUCCGGUUUCGUUCAGUGGUUCGGGAAGAUCCAACGAUGUCUCUGAAAGUGGCGGCCAUCCAGAGGAAGGUCCAUCCUAAAAAACCAAAUAUUAAUGCUUAUGUCGUCUUCAAAGAGGAAGAUGGAGCUGCCAGUGCCCUAAAAUUGAACGGGCAGGAAAUUCAGGGUGGUUUUCAUAUCAGAGUAGAUCGCGUCUCUCGACAAACAGCACAUGAUCAUAAAAGGUCCAUAUUUGUGGGCAAUUUACCGUAUGAUAUUAUGGAGCUUCCAUUACGGCAGCACUUCGAGGAGUGUGGUAAUGUGGAGGCUGUGCGGUUGGUGCGGGACAGAGAGUCUGGGAUGGGAAAAGGGUUUGGAUACAUCCUGUUUGAGAGUCCAGAUUCUGUCAUGUUGGCUUUGAAACUCGAUGGCUCCAAAUUACAGGAGCGAAAGAUCCGCGUGAAACGAUCAGUGAAGAAGGAAAAAGAGAAGAAAACGGCUCGAGGUCGACCUUUUGGAGGGAAACCUGCGACAGGAAGUGACAGAAGAGGAAACAGAGCAAAAGGAGAAUUCAAAGGACCACAACAGGAAGGCAGAAAUAAGACAGGAAGGAAGUUUAUGAAAAACGCGGGCAAGAAUCAAACAUCAUCCUCUUUCAAAGGAGAAAUGGCAGAUCCAAUGGCAAAAAAAGGCAAACGACUGAAAAAGAAAUUUAAAUUGAAAAAAAACAAAAGCACUGUUGACAUUUAAUGCUUGUGGUUUAUAUCGGUUCAGUUACUUUAUACAGGUUUUACAUGCUUGUGUCACUAAACUGCCAAUAAAAGGUUUGUGAUUGACAGUCUUGGUUAAGUUACUCUAAAAAAAAUUUAAUUACUAACUACUAAUUACAUCUUCUACAGUGUAAUUAGAUUACUGUACUAAUUACUCUGUCUGAAAAGUAAUUACAUUAUUACGAAUUACUUUCUAAAACCCUGAUCAACCUCAACCAGAUGAAAAAUACAAGGAUGGACAUGAAACUGUUCUUUUAAUUCAUUCAAAUAAAUAAUAUAAAAUCAAAUAAAUUAUUCAUGAACUGGCCAAAGAAUUUAAAGGGGCAGCGUUAAAUUAGAAAACACAUUUUAACAUUAGAGUUACAUUUUUAUUUUAAAUUCUUUGUUUUAUAUAGAAUUGUUCUAGAGUCUAUACAGUAUUUAACACAAUUACAUCAGAACUAAUUAAAUUAAUGAAAAAUUAAGAGUAAUCCCUUUAUUUAUUCAACGAAAAAGUAAUUAAAUUAAUUAGUAAUGCAUUACACUCAACACUGCUGAUUGGACAUGUAACUCACUUAAUCGAUCUCAAAACAGGUCAAAAGGAAACGAGAGCAGAAAGGGAAACUACGCAAAUAACGACAUAAAGAUCGUUUUUUGUUUCCCGCGUGCUGUUUGACUGACAGGCAACUUGUGUGCGCGCGUACGGAAACACGCCUGUUAAAUACCCGUUGUUAUUUUUUUCCCCACCUGCAUUCUGGCAGGUCCCGCCUCCUGCGUUCUGAUUGGCUACUAAGAGCUAUUUACAAGCGGUCUGCGAUUGGCCAGUUGAGGAGUCGUUCAUAUCUACAGUUUUUCUGAGCAUUUCCAUUGAGCAGCGCCAUGAUGAUUGUAAUUGCCUGUAGUUACCUUGAUAUUUUAUAUUCGGUAUAAAAUGAAACCAUAGAUGUGGGAGCCUGGCAAAACUGACUUAAAAAAUAAAAGAUUAUAUAUAUAUAUAUAUAUAUAUAUAUAUAAAUCAAAUCCCUUUAUUGUCACUCAACCAUAUGCACAAGUGCAACAGUGAGUGAAAGCAAAGCAUAUCACUCAUUAUUGUUCAGGACAAAAUGAUAUGUCACAUAUAACAAACUAUUUUCUUUCCAGUACAUUUAUUCAGCCAUUUACUUUUAAUAAAAAGAAAAACACAAAUAGUUUUUCUACUGUCAGAAAGACAAAGUGUCAGAAGUUAUAGAAUCGGUAAUCAUCCAAUCAGAAGGCGUCAAGCUGGUGGUGACGUAUACACUUUCGUCCAAUCAGUUGAUGUCUAAAAAUAUAAAUCGCGGUAGUUGCCGGAAUACAGAGGGAAAAAACGCGUAAAAUACACUUCAAAAUUCCGCGAAAAUGCCGAUAAUGUUUAUGUAUUAAUGUAAACACAGCCAUUUAUGUCUAAAAUAAACAUAAACAGCGGGGAUGUAUCAAAAUAUCAGAACUGAAGUGCAGCAGCUGCUGUUUAGUGUGACAUUAAGAUUAAUCAAAUAAGAAAAAAACGAGAAAACCACUCACUGCUCGUUUAUCACACAUCUGUCUGCAAUUUAACGUGUCACUUUUUGUUCUUAGCAAUUUUAUAGCUAAUUUCUAAAAUAACAAACAGCAAUAGCAUAGUUCAUCCAAAAAAAUCAUAUUGUCAUAAUUUACUCACCCUCAUGCUGUUCCAAACCCCAGACGAACUCUGCAGAAAACUCCACAAAAACUUCCACAGAAUUGCGAAAUGUGUCAUUCAUAAAAGUUCUAUGCAUUGUCCAUCCAUUGUAUGUUUGUUUAUGAAAUAUUUGGGUUAAUUUCAUGAUGCGUUCAGGUACCAACAAGAAUGCAGUACAGAUCAAUUUAAUACAGUUUGCUAUGUUUAAAUCUCUUCUCAGAAUUCCACAGAUGUUCCCUAAAAAUCAGCACAGAAAACGCAAAAAGAGUCUGCCGAUUCUGUCUGCGCUCAUAUGACUUCCUUUCUUUUGUGGAACACAAAAAUUGACUUUUUUAAAUAUCUUGCCAUUUUUUUAAUAUUAUUUUUUACAAUGAAAGUGACAAAAAAUUCUCACACAAAACUUUUGCAUGACUUCAGAAGACUUAAAGGAAUGUUCAAUAAAAAUUCAAUUAAAGUUCGACAGCAUUUGUUGCAUACCACAAACAUUUAUUUGACUCGUCCCUCCUUUUCUUUACAAAAAGCAAACUUAUAAUUUAAUAAAAGCACUUACAUUAAUUCUUCUGUUAAACUCAUGUAAAGCUGUAAAGUUGUUUAAAUCAUUUUUACAGUCGUUUUAGUGUUUGUUGACAUUAAAU